UCACAAAAUCUCAAUCGCAAAACGUCAAAUCGUGGAAUAUUUUUUGCAGCGCAGUGAUUGUUUCGGUCAAUUUUUCUUAAUUUUGUGUAAAAUUAAGCUUUAAAAAUAGGAAAACUUUGUCGCACCGACGUUGAUGCGUGUCCAGGCACUGCUCUUUGCCAGAAAAUGUCCAAAUUAACGCGCUCGGUGGACCGUUUGCCGCGAUAACGUAAACAUCCGAACAUCAACAUUCACACGCAAGCACACACACGCACUCCUCGGGGUCCGAGGACCCGGUCCGGAAGAUUCCUACACUGAUAAUUUGGAGAAACCAACUAAUUGCUCGAUCGUCUGGAAGCAGCUUUUCGAUUGGGUCGUGAGCAUUCGGUUACGGAUUCAUUUAACGUCGUUUAAACUAAUUAGGCAGAUUUUGGCAGCAUUCCCGGAAGAAGAGGAUAGGAACAUCUCGCAAUGGACCUGGUCGACAUCGAUAAAGUGUUGGACGAUUUGGAGCUGAACGAGGAUAACAAUAGCCGGACGGCGGUGGUGAACUCACGUGGAUUGAUGGGAGCCGGAGGAGGAGGAGAACCAUCACCAGGUACCACAUCGAUCAAGAAAUACCCCACCCCAAAAACACCCGCCCAAGACCCACCCGCGCCGGCUUCUGAACAAAUUCCACCCCUGCAUGAAAAUGGACCUGCUUUAUCAAACAACCAAGGCCACGCCGCUGGUCCCGGUCCCAGCUUCAACGGUGGCGACAAAAGCAAACCCAAAACCAGCGUCGUCAACGUUUCCACCGUGUUCUCCAGCCUCAACGAGUACGUCAACGCCGGAAACGAACUCAGUGAAAAGCUGCAGCAGAUCGAAAUCCAACCGGAUCCUCCAGCUGGCAUCCCACGCGCAGCCAGGGACGCCAGCAACGGCGACAGCAAACCGUUAAUUUCUCCCUCGAGCUCGUCAAUUUCGACCGACUCGCGGUCGUCCUCGUCGCUCGGAGGCCGCGUUGACUGCUCCUCGUCUUCGAGCAACAGUUCGGGAUCGGGCCACCGGCAGGUUAAGAAGCCGCGCCAGCAAAGACACAGUAGCAGCAGCUGUUCCGACACGGCUUCGUCCACGUCGACCAGCGACGGCGAAGAGGACGACGAAACGGGAGUUCACGAGCGGCUAAACAACGAGGGGCUGUCGCUGAGUGCGGGUGAUUACAUUCUGGACUCGUCGGAAAACACGACGACCGUGGCCACGACCAAUGAGGAAGCGCCGAAGGAGGAGGAACCGUCUGGGCCAAGCGAGCAGCAGGACACCUCAGCGUUCUCCUACAAAAACAGUUUGUACUCGGACACACUGAGCAACGACGUUAUCAACUUGGAAGGUAUCUCAUCGAUAUCAUCCAUCGUGGCGGUAGACUUAACCAGUGCCGGCCAAGGUGACACCGGCCGGCGAUGGUUCGCCCCUCAGGACGAACAAAACAACCGCAAAGAGGAAGCGAUGCUGGCGAAGCCCGAAGUGCUCGACGAAGACCGAACCACCGAGGUUAAGAAGGUGGUCGGCUUUGAGUCCACCAUGGACGACGUGUCGGACACGGAGCUGGAGAGCUAUCUGCAGGAGCUGGAAGAGUACGACAUCCAGCAGACGAUUGCACCGAUGGUGACGUCGGCAACGGCGGUGACGACGACAGCAGCGACGGUUACGACGGAAGAGGUGCAACCUGAGGAGGAAGUCGUGAAAGAGGAAGUCAAGGAAGAGCUUGUGGAAGAAAAGGACCGCAAGGACACGGUGAGCAUCGGAAGUCACAACAGUAUUGACACCAGAAGUGACGAAAGCAUUCCGGAGUCGAACCGGGGUGAAAACGACGAAGAUCUGAUCUCGCAAGCGUCGACGCUGGAGUUUAACGAUUUGGCAGCGAUGACUGCGGCGAAUGGGGCUGGUGUCGUAGUGGCGGUUCCGGACAUCGCCGUGGAUGACAUUCAGGACAAUGAAAUUCCCGAGUUUGCCCACGAAGGUCCGGCGGACGAUGGCAGCGAGAUUCGGUUCAUCGAUUGUACCGAAACGGAAUCGGCAGUGAUACGAGAGAAUCUCCCCGCGGCAGAGGAAGCACGAGCAGCUGGCGCGGAUUACGGUGGACAACCGAGGGUGAUUGAAGAACCAAUUGUACCGCAAGUGUCGACGGUUCCUUUGCCGAGACCAAACUCACUGGAGUUGCCAAACCAGCCGGAAAGUGUAAUCGAAAAGCAAAGCUCUCCAGGUCACACACCUCCUUCAUCAGUGUCGCACGGAAUUGACUCCGACCAAGGUAUGACCUUGUCGUCUACAAGUUCCGACGACUUUGCCCCCUCGUCAGUAGCAGUAGUUCCUCCUCCGUCGGCUCCUCCGACCGAAGCAAGCGAAGGCCUGCUGCUUUCGGACGGAAGCGGACAAGCGGCAGGUCCUGGCGAUGACUAUCGACCGCCACUCGUAACGCUGACCAGUGCCCAAGCCCAGCUCGGAAAGAUCCCGCCGUUCUGGGUUCCGGACAAUUCCACAAACUUCUGCAUGCAAUGUAACCAAAAGUUCUCCAUCAUCAAGCGACGCCACCAUUGCCGGGCCUGUGGCCAACUGCUCUGCUCAGCCUGUUGCUGCCUGAAAGCCAAACUGGAAUACCUCGGCGAUGUCGAGGCACGAAUCUGCAUCCCGUGCGACAUCAUCCUCAACCAACAGCAGCAAGCUCUGGAAGAAGCCGCGUACGGAACGCAAUUUGCAAUCGCCGCCGGAGCUUCCGGACCAUCUUCCUCCUCUCGCCAACCUAAUCCGAACAAUCCCAUGGAGUACUGUUCGACCGUGCCGCCCUUCCAACAGGCCAACAGCAACGCGCCGCAAUCUCCGAUCUCCGUCAUGGUUCCGGUCGGCGUGCUGAAACGAGCCGGAGCGCCACGCUCGGGACGCAAGGAUAAAACGGUCAUCUUCAGCGAUGGCAUCCGACCCGGGUGCGAUUUGACCGAACUGGACGAAAACUGGGACGCGCAGCCCAAGACGUCGCCCUCGAUUCCCGGCGGUGGCCACGGAGACAAGCGCAAGGGACGAGUGCAGACACCCGUGAGCGGUACAAACCCUCCCGCUUCAUCCAGCACCAGCAAACCGUCGUUGAUUCCCGCAGGUGAGAACAAACUGCCGCCGAUCGUGAAGCAGCUCACGAAAACCGAAUCCAAACACAUUGAGAUCGACAACGAUGCGGCCCUGAUUGCGAGCUUACGCGAUGGAACACUGACCUUUGCGCUGCAGCGAAACCUGCACGUUCUGGUGACGAUCGUGGAACUGAACUGUUGCAUCAAUAAAACUGUGAUCAAUUUUACCACCCGUGGGAUGCACUUUGUCGGACAGGACGAGAUUGUGAUUCUGCUGGAGCUGGGAGAUUCACAGCUGCUGCCGAAGGAUAUCUUUGUGCAUUUGAACGAGAUUUACGAGGACGCGGACGGUGGUAGUACUCUUACGGAGUUGGGCUUCAGUCCGGCGAGAAGUUCGAACUUUGGGCUCGAAAAUCACGGUGGGUUUUUGUUCGUCCGGCCGACCUACCAGUGUAUGCAAAAUGUGAUAUUACCGGACCAGCCGUACCUGGUGGGCGUCCUGAUCCACCGUUGGGAAAUGCCCUGGGCUAAGAUCUUACCGUUGCGGCUGAUGCUACGGCUGGGUGCACUGUACCGAUACUAUCCGAGUCCACACGUGAGCGUCCGGGAACGAGACUCGGUAUACGUCGAAAUUGCCCAAACCAUCAUCAACCUGUUGGCGGACUUCCGGAACUAUUCGUACACGAUUGCAACCAUCCGCGGCAUGGUAAUCCACAUCGAGGACCGCAAAACAAGCAUUCUGAUUCCACGCAACCGGUACGAGCAGGUCAUGAAAGUGUUGAUGAACGGCUCGACGGACCAACUGCUGGCCCUAGGGGGGAACUUCAGCAAGGUUGCUGACGGACAUUUGGUGUGCAUCCAGAACACCGAGUCCGGCUGCCCGGAAGCGACACAGUAUUCGACGCAAGCGAUCAACAUUGAGGGACAACCGAGGAAAGUGACCGGGGCCAGCUUCCUGGUGCUAAACGGAGUGUUGAAACCCAACAGUGGGCUCGUGGGCAAGUGCAGUAUCGUCGAGGACGGGCUGAUGGUUCAGGUGCCGCCGGCCAAGAUGGCUAGUAUUAAGGAAGCGUUGAAGCUGAUGAAGGACUACCGAAUAGUGUGUGGUCCGGAGGAGGGCGACGACACACAGAAGGAAAUCGUCAGCAUCGAGUGGACUGAUAACGAUCUGAACUUUAACAUUGGAGUCGUUUCCCCAAUCGAUAAGAAACCACUGAAUGGAGUGCCUAGUAUUAGAGUGCAUAGAGGAACUGACUAUUCCAACGCGAACCACAUAAUCCGCUGGACGGAGGUUUUCAUAAUUCAGAGUGACGAAGAAUCGAACCAGCCUGGGGAUCCAGUGAACAUGUCGAAGCUUUCGGAGCAGGUGGCGAAGAGUGCGUGCACGGCACUGGUCGCGUUUCUCGAUCUGCUAGCGUCCAACGGAUGUCACAAAAUUGGCCUUAGGAUUAUGCUGGACUCCGAACAGGUAUCGUACGAGGCCGGCAGCCAGUACAGCAAGCUUGGUCCGCUGUACAUGAACGCGCUGGAUAACGAGCUGAUCGGAACUCUCAACAGGCAAGCCAACAGUCUCCACCUGGACCAGCAGAUUAUCGUUGAGCUGAUUUUCCACAUUCUGGACAAGUAAGAAUAAGCAAGUUAUUAUUCGACCUACAUGGCUCUAUUACUUGUUCUGGAUGGGAUUAGCUGCAGUGUUUCACAAUAUAAAAAAUACAUAAACUUAUGAUGUUAGACGUCUACCAACAGGAAAUACUACCAAACUAGCUAGAGAUUCGGUAGAUUGGAGCGAGCAUUAAUGGAUUUCCAGUUAUGAUAUUAGUGGUAGCAGAAACAAGAUUAUAAAGUGCAUAUGAAACGCAUAGUCUCGCGUCAUAUUGUUGCAAUUUGAGUGGGUCAGCUGGAUAUUGUGGAUGCGCCUGCGUUGAGAUAUUUACAACCGAAACGAUGAUUUGAACUAGGUUUAAGGUACGAGUACUAAUCGGUUGCGUUCUGACUUAUUAUACGUCUACACAAGUACUAUGGCGAGAAAAGUGUGAGAUUUUAGUCUGUGAGGUGAGGCAAGUGUCAAGAUGAUAUGAUAAUUAUCGUAAGAGAGGGACAAGUAACUUGUCUUUAUAAGCAUAUUUCUUGUAUAGUUGAAUUAUUGGAAAUUUAUUAUUGCUAUUAAUCAACUUAAAAUAUUUAUAUUUUAUUUAGAAAUUUUAAAAAUAUAGAGAGAUAUUGGAAGCAAA